AUGUUUCCCACGUAUGCAGAUCUGGUGAAGGAGAGGAAAGGUCUGGCGUCUGCAAUAGUUCGAGAAAUAAGAGGGGAAGGUCCUACUUUGGACCUUGGUAAGAAGGUCAGCGUCCCCCGAGAUGUAAUGAUGGAAGAACUCACUUUACAGCGCAAUCGUGGUUCUUGUAUGUAUUUGGAGCGUCAGAAGCGCGUUCAGAGGUUUACAUUUGAAUACCCAGCAGAUCGUGUCCAUGCAGGUAGCAAUGUACAUGGCCUGAAUGCUGAUCAGACAGCUGUCAAUGGCUCGGCAGGGGUUGAUGGGAAAGAGAACUUCCGCUCAGAGAUACACAUAGUCCCAGGAGGAAACCAGACCCCACCAAAUAUCCCUAAGAAAUCUGCCAAGGUCUUGCAGAUGAAGAUGCAGUUGAAUCCAGGAGGGAUUGCUCCAGGUUACUCUGGACCUUUGAAGGAGAUGCCAUAUGAGAAGUUCAAACAACACAGCCAUCCCUUACUAUUGCCCCUGGGCCGAGGGCCACUCUGUGGAGCAUGUCAUACCUGCCGAUGAAUCAUUACCACCACCUCCGAAAACACCAUUAAAUGUCUCACACCGUACCCAUAACAGAGCUCCAAUACCUUUUGGAAGUCUAUCUGUAGUUAAUGGUGGAGAAGCUCCCUAUAUUUUUGAGGAGAUUCAAGCUCAAAUUGAAGAAUCACCCAGCGGACAACAACUCAUGUUCUGUAGACCCAGCUUCAACCGAGCACCUCGGGGGUGGGCAAUGUUCAAUGUGCCUGAAUCAGCAGACUUGUAG